AUGGACUUGUUACGUGCAUUGGAUGUUUUGUCAACUUCACCAAUCGACACAGAUGAUCACUCACUUAGAAAAGAAAAGAUAGAGGCAUGCAGAACUAUAGCAGAACAGAUAUGCUCGCCUUCCAUCAGAAAUAACUCUGACUUUCCGAGAUUCCUUUCCAUUGCUAUCUCACUACUGCUUCGUGCACACGGUGACAAAGAUCUAAACGUAUACUCUGUUGCUGAAGAGAGUUUAAAUAGAACCAUCAAAAUAUUAAUCUAUACAUAUCAUGAGAGAAUAUUGUUUGAGUUGUUUCGUGUGCUCAAAGGUAGAUCAGUGGAUAAGAAGUCGACUGGCAGUCCGAAUAACAAUCAGAUGUCAAGUAGCUUUUAUACGAGUGGAAGCGAUCCUAGUGGAAGUGGUUUAUUCGUUUCCUCGACUACCAGUAGUGGAAGUGGUAGCGGUAGUGGCAGUGGUUCGACAAGCGGGAAUACCAACUCACCAAACUAUCAAAACGUUAUCUCCACAGCGAAUAUAAUACUGAGUAAGCCUUUCCCAAUUAAAUCACAGCGUAUUGCACUGACAAAGUUUGGUGAGGUCUGCCAGUUUAUUCGGCCGGCUAAAUCACGCAAGUAUAUCACUUCGCUGUUGGCGCCAAUCAACCAGCUGCUGGCUAUGGGUUCGGACGAAGCAUUGCAAGAGUCGAUUGCCAUCGCAAUGGAGUCAAUCUCGCGAGUAUUGAUAUCCUAUUUAAAGGAACAAGAAGUCACUCAGUUCAUCGACGUCUUCACCAAGAAUCUCUCGCAUCACUCUGCGGCGGUGCGUCGUUCCGCUUCCUUCUGUAUAGUCUCCAUCUGUAGAUAUUACCCUAAACCACUCUACGAAAGAACAAUAGAUACUCUCCAUACUCUAAUUUCAUCGUCAUCAACAUCAUCAACAUCAUCAACAGUAUCACCAACUUCACCAACAGCGUCAUCUCCAUCAAUAGAACAUAAUAAUAUAAACAGUAAUAAUAGCAAUAAUAGCAAUAGGACACUGGGUGUUUUGUUUUCUUAUUUACAAUUGGUGAAACUAUCCGAUGAGUAUAUACAGAAUGGAAGUGGCGGUGGUAGUUCCAGUGGCGGUGGUAACAGUGGAAAUUUUACAGGUUCGAAUAGCAGUGGUGCGAAUGGUGGAAGUGGAAAUGGUGCCGAUGGCUACGGAUGUAAUGUGAUGCAGUCAUUGUCGAUCGAGGAUUACUUUGUGGAGAAGCUGUCGUUUUUCGUGCAGUUCAUUGUCAAGCAGAUGAAGAUGGUCGAUCAGGAGAUCUACGACCACAAUGUUGUCGGUGCCAGUUUGGAGCUACUUCAACAGCUGCUGGUAAGUUUCGGUAGGUUCGACUACGCUUGGCCAAAGCCGCUAGUCCAGCAGGCAAUAAGUCAGCUCCGCUCGAUGGCAUUCAACGCCACUUCGAAUAUACGUGUCAGUCUGAAAGCGGUGGUCAUCAACUGUCUGGCACAGAGUGUCAAAUACUUCCCACGUCUAUUCUACGAAGAGUUUUACGAGGGACAACCACCGGUAUCGAUGGUCAGCAAUCUCAGCAUCUCUGACAUUUCAUUCAAGUUGUAUUCCGAUACAUCUGCUGCUGCUGCUGCUGAUGGACAACACCACCAACAACAAGUAAAUCGACUUGGAUUAUCAACAUCUACACAAUCCACACAAUCUUUUACAUUGGAUUCCAUUCCCAAAGAGGAAUUCCUACAGUAUCUCAGUGAUUCAGAUCCACUGCUAAGAGGAUCGACUGCACUUCUCAUCGGUUGUUUACUUCGUGGAUUUCUAGAGGCAGAUCAUAUCACAAGCAAUAGUAUCUAUCCUGGAAAUCAACAUUUACUUCAAGACUAUCUUUGUGUCCCCUAUUUAAUGGCAUAUCUUCUUCGUUCGCUACUGGAUAGUUCGUCGAUUACAGCGAAGCUGGCAUGUACAGGUGUUGGCGAGUGUCUUCCAACACUCUCAUUGUCGCGUUUCUCUGACUGGGCACUAGUUGCACUCCGACACUUACUGUGUGUCAGCUCCUCCACGUACUGGCUGGUUAAACUUGAGAUUCUAGAGACUCUGUCCAAGAUUGAUUAUGUAGUGAUUGAAUUCCUCGAGCAAAACAUUCAACAAAAGGCACAUAUUCUCUGUACGACAGCACCAGCCGACAAAGAGCCCGAGUCUGGCGGUGCCAUAGCAAUACCAAUACAACCAAAGGUUCUCGAUUUCCUCAUUGAACAACUUGGCGACAACGACUUUCGUGUUCGAAACAGUGCUGGCAAUGCACUUGUAAACAUCAUUCCAAAACUUGUAUUUACAGCACCACUUGAAAGAAGAUCGAUGAAAGGAAUUGCAUCAAAAGUAAGAGAGACAUUCGAUGCACCAGGUUAUGAAAAUAUUAUUACAAAGAAAACAAAGAUAUUAGCAAAUCUAUCACAUGUAAUCAGUUUAAUUUGUUCGAAACUAUCGAAUCCACAUCCUGAGGAUAUGAUAAGAGGAUGUUAUCAUGCUCUCAAAUUAAUUUGUCAACAAUAUUCAUUCCCUCUAUUUACACCGGAUAGCUGUAAGAGUCUAACUUCAACUCUACCGAAUCAGAUGUUGUCGUUUGUCGGAGAUAUUCUACCGUUGGCUUUGGAUCGUGUUGGAAUUGUCACUUGGAUGGCAACCGACUUUGAUUUGCAUAUCGAUAUCAUUGAGAUUCUUGCAUACUUGUCGAGGGGUGCCGAGAAUGUGCUGGGUGCCUACUGUCAGAAUGUUCUGCGCCACAUCUGUAGAAUGAUAAAUAUCAUGUCAAACAUUGUUCAAUUCCGUCCGACUCCACCUCUGAAAGAAGUGAAGCCAGUGUCUUCCGCCAGUGCCGGACUGGGUUCGAGCUCGCCACUCGUCAAAGCACCGGCACAUCUCGGUGCAUUCACACACAGUAUCCACUACAUCAAAGUCUAUUCGAAACUCUUUUUGGUGCGUCAGAAUUCAAUCACUAUUUUCGGUGUUGACAAAUUCUCGCAGUUGAGGCAAUCGUGUUUCGAUGCUCUGGCUGUCAUUUUGAGAUGCUCUGGCAAGGCUGUACUGCCAUACACCGAGGAAAUACUCGGCUAUUUGACCUCGCAUUUUGAGCAGGAACCACUGGCAGUAACCAAUUGUAUAACUGAGUUGUUUUUAGUGACUUUCAAACCGACGCCAAUCGUUUCGAUGAGCAACCUGUCGUUGCAACCCCGACUCUCAAAGGAGUAUAACCCCAACCCUGGAUCGACAUCGAUGGCACCUCGCGCCAUUGAAACAACUCACUCUCAGAAUACACACGAUGAGAUGUUUAACAAUGAGAAGUCGGUGUUCUCUUCGUUUUUGACCAUGGGAAGUUCAGUGGUACACCAAUACUACGAACAGACCGACCUACCAUCCUCACACUCACUCAACUACAGCUACAGCAGUCAGGAAGUCGCACGUAUUACUUCAUCCGAUGAGAAACGUCUCGUCUUUAAACAAUUCGAAGCGUUGAUUCGUAGUUGUCUCGUCGAGUAUCAGAGUACUCACAACCUGGAAUUGAAAAAGUCGAUCCUCUCCAUGUUGGCAAAGUUUGCACGUUUCGGUUUGGAUCUGUCGCAAUUCGAUAAGGAUCCAUUCUUUGCUUCCUAUUUGCUGGAGGAGUUGAAAGAAACACAGUGUUUGAUGUUGAAUCCAGUUGACCAACUUCCAUAUGUUAUGGAUGCCGUAGGAUCAAUGUUCCUCACUCGAAAGAUGGCACCAGAGAUAUUCAAUGCCGAGGAAAUUAAAAAGGUGACAUACGACAUCGAUCCUAUCGCUACGGUUGCGAAGCAUCCUCCAUCAUACUCGACUGCAACCAUCAUCGGCAGUUGCCAUUCUUUGGUUCGCUACCUCUACGAUCCGAGCGACAAGUAUCCCGACCAAGAUCUCCGUGAUGGAUUCCUCAAGUUUAUGCUUGCCAAUCUGCAUCAACCUCAAACCGUUGAGCUAGCACUGACAUUGAUCAACAAUGUGCGUAACAACAACGCACUCUACACCAAAUGCUCUCAAGCGAUCGUUCCUAGAUUAUUUGCUGGACUGGCAUUGAAUGAGACACCCUACUUUGUUGUGACAUCGAUUCGUGAUGUUCACCGUAUUUACACGCUGAUUGACAGACUUCAUCCAUCGGCUGUGACACCGGUGCGUUGGGCCGAUGCACUCCUCUCUGUGUCACCUGAAUUCGUGGCAACUGGCUCCAUCACAAAUUUGAGAAACGAUCCACUGAAAUCGAAACGUACUCUAUUGAUACGUGAACGUCUACUCGAGGAGUUUGAUCUUCGCUGGCUACCAGUGUUUGUUAUCCUACUUCGAACCGGUGUCAAGAUUCCAGAGGAAACAAGAAUCUCUGCUGCCAGACAAUCGAUCUACUUGCCAUCACACGAUAACAAACAUAAUCCAUCGCCAGCAGCCAACAUCAUUUCGCAAAUCAUAUUCAAACUACUGAGAAACGCCGUCUCAACAUUUGCCAAGCACAAACCAAGCUAUCCUAUAUUCUCAGAGUUGAUCAAUCAUAUGCUCUACUAUGCCGGUUUGUUCUUCAAUCGUAAUCUCAUUCCCAACAAUCCAAAACCUCACCUUUUCCUUCAGUCUUUCAAGUCGGUAAUCGACCCAUCGUUGGUCUCUGAUAUCAUCCAUCCACUCUUGAAUUUCGGUGGAACCUCUGUAAGUAUUCAUGCAGUGCGCUUCCUCAUGUUGUUGGGUCGUGAACACGAAGAUCUGACUGGCUAUGCAAUGUCACCUCGUUGGCAAGUUGCUGGAUGCGAACACUUCCUCACCCAUCAUGUCAUAUUCCUCCAGUUCUGCCAAUCGAUUAUCAUCAACCGUCAGAUAUCAGCAAGUGUACUGACAGAGUCGGUACUCGACAAAAUGGUACUGCUAAUCAAUGAACCCACUGUCAAACGACUGGUCGACACCGCCAAAGAUGACUCGCGUCUAGCUGCCGUCCUCAGCGAUCAUCUCUCAAAGAUAUUCAACAAGAAUCAAUCGUUGGACUUGAGACGUAAGCAGAAACUGUUGCGACUACUCUCCUAUCUGCCAACGACACGCGACACCAUUGAGAUGUUGAUCAUUCACUUUUUGCAAACCGACGAUAUCUCAUUGCAGAUCGCAGGAGAGCGUAUACUCAACCUCUCCAUCAAUCGAUUGAUAGACAACACAAAGACUGUCACCGAUUCACUCGAGAUAAUCCAACAACUCUACAAGUUGUUCAUGUCCAAUUUCUUUAGCUCAACUACCAAUCUUGCGAUUCAAUCGACAUUCAUAAAGUUGAUCAAGAAUCUAUCGACACCAACACCGUUGCAAACCACUGGUAGCACUGUUUCCAGUCCUAUCAUCAACAACACUCCAAGCAAUGGUUUCGAUAUAACAAAACUUCAGAAACCAAUCGUCAAGCAAGUCGAUGGCGUUCCAAUGGGAUUCGAGAAUCUCUGCACCAUCGCCUACUCCGACUUGAUUGAACUACUGAAAUCACAAUACUACUCUACCAAUCAUCGUUCGUUCACUCAGCUUUGUGUUCUCGCUCAAAUCGAUAGAGAUGCAGUCACUGAACUGUUGGAAUCAAACAAACUCGAUAGUUCCCUCAUUCCAAGUUUCAUUGCGUCACCAUACUCGACCAACUUUGAACUGGCAAUACAAGAACACCUUGAACGCAAGAUAUCUGCAUUGCUCUCCAACUCACUCGGUGAAAUCGGAAGCGAUCCACUCAGAAAUGGUCCGCCACUCUUGAGCGAUGCCGUCUGGGAGGAGCUGCGUGAGACAACUCGCUGCCUGUCUUCUUUCAUCAACAAAUUCGGUUCGGCAUCACUCCAUGAAGCACAGCUACUAAAGAUUUCCAUUUGGACCUAUGUUGAAUCGUUCCGUCGUUGGCGUGCCGAGGUGAUCAAUCCCUACGAUUUCAAACUGGUUCUUGAACUCUCGCGUUCCAUCAUCUUUAAGAGUUCAGCAUCGAUUCUCACUAUCACCGAUGACUUUUCGUGGUGUUCACUCUUACUUUGUCUCUACAAAUUCUACUGUUUGGUGAUUCGUCCUCACUUUGGUUAUAUUCUCGGACAACGUGAACUCGAAGAGAACUACAGCCAGGAUCCAACACAAAUAUCAUUGACACAAUCGAAUGAAAUGGUUAAAUUCUUGGUAUCGCUGCUCUGCAAUCAAUCCGCUUACAAACCAAUGAAUGGUUCGCAUAUCGGACAAUUCAUUUUCGAUUCGUUCAUUCGUGCAAUCUCACCGCUAUCCACCAAAGCCAUAGAGUUCGUCUAUCCAGCACUGAGCCAAACCACUGCAGAGGAAGCGGAAUACGGUGGUGGAAUCAUUCCAAACUGUCCACUCUUUGCAAAUGCACUCUCUCCAGAACAGAAUCUCGAAGCAUUCAUUCGAUACAUCAAGUUUGUUGGUAUUCCCGACGACUACCAAUUCAACAAGAUCUGGGAGAUAUUGGAACCAAUCUUUUUUGCACCGCUCGGUGACGCCGAGAUGGGAUCCGAUGAGAUCACAGAGGAAUCAAAGUGUCUGGCACUCAACGGUAUCACAAUGAUGAUUAUCAAAGCGUGCUUUGAAACAUCGGAUUUGAACGCACCGGUCAACCUGCUGGAGACUUCCAACAUUCCAUCGGCAUCGUACAACCAUAUUCCUCGUGAGAAAGAUAUCAUUUUCCUCAGUACCAACAGUGGUAAGAAGUUGAAUCGUCUGCUCUCCAUCAUCUAUGGAUCGAUGCCACAAUCGGAACUACCACUGGGUGGUUCCAUCGAGUUGAGCACUCCUACUGACGGCAACUCUGACUCGAUCUCCAGCUACCACUUUAACAUUGAACGUUCAUUCUCUAACCUUCAAUACACAAGCGGUCAGAUUUCACUGGCAGAUCUCCGUCAAUUCAGAACACCCGUUCAUCUUGGAAUCAACUUUACACCGAUCAUUGAGAAAUUGAAGCAUGCAUUCGAAACGUUCAUCAUCAAUGCAAUGUGUCCACCGCUACUCAGAAAAGAGAUACUGAAAACAGUGAUUCUCCUCUCUGAUCUAUUCAAUCGAGAGCAAUUCACAUGGAUGUAUCGUAUCUUCCAGGCAAUCUAUAACAACUUGGAGGAUAACGACGAUUUCCUCUUGAAGCAACACCUGGUCCUCGGAAUUUGUAAGGGAUUGGCUGUGAUUCAACCGGACAACACAACCACCGACCCGCAAUACCCCCAACAGGUAUUCGAGAUUCUCAAGCAAUCACUCGAACAUCCCAAUAUUUCUGUACAACAAUCGGCACUCGAUGGCAUUCUCUAUCUCCUCGAAGGUAAAGUGAACCGAUUCAUUCAAGGACCGCUCCUCCAAUUCCUGUUCCGCUGGAUCCCAGCACGUCUUUCCACCUCUCCUUUCCCACCCAUUCCACUGACACUGCGUGUACUCGCCACCAUGUUCCUGCUGAUCGAGCAAUACUCGCGUGAAUCCGAAGAGAAUUCAUUCACGAAACGUGCAGUUGUAAUCUGCACAACCCUCGGUCAAAACUCGAUUCCCCUACCCAUUGUCUACGGUAUCUUCAGAGGUCUCGAUCGUCUGCUAGUUUCAUUCUCGCUGUCCCACUCGCAACGUGAGUACAUCUCACACUUUGCAAUGAAAUCACUCCCGCUUGACAAUCCAAUUCGUUCACUCAUGGGACUGGCACUGAUGGUGACAUGCAUGUACACAGGCGACGAAACUGGCUCAUCGACAAUGACCCCAUCGAUCAACGGAAAGAACCCCAUGAUGGCAUCGCCCAACUCAUCAUCCAACUCAUUGGCAUUCUCUGGCGGCGCACCAUUUGAAAUGUCGCCAACACUCUCAUUCUCCUCAGACAGUGGUUUGUUCGAACAGGAAGAUAGCAUGUUCAACAUCGACAGCACAGAACGCCAACACUUCUCUCAAGUCAACAACAUGGAGAAAGUAAAGAUGCUCUUUGAUAAAAUCAAACUUGUAUCUCAUUAUUCCUAUGAAACCUAUGUAUUAUCAGAAGUAAUACCAACUGUAAUUGUAGAUUUAUAUCCUUCAGUCGAUCAAAUUCUCUCUGCAAAUGAACUCACAUCAAAGAUACAACCAAAUGAUCAACUAUUUAGUAUAGCAGCAUCGGAAUUCUAUAAUAACAAUCCACCUGAUAACCAAAAGAAUUUUGCAGCAUCUUUCUCAAAAAAAGUUCAGUUAAGAUUGUUAGAGAAUGAUUAUCACACAGCAGAAAUUUCGAAUCAAUCAAUCAAUCAGAUUUAA